AUGGGCCCAGAGGAGGAUGACGACCUCCAUAAUCCAACCGUGAGGCAGAGUUACAAGACUGGCUUCUUCCGAUCGCUCCUCACUGUCCGCGGUUUCACCAACGUCGGAUGUCUGCUUAUUAUUACGCUUAUCCUCGUUGUCCUGUUCAUGGGUUAUCCUAUCAUCACCGAGUUUACUGAGCGCCAUCAGACGACCAAUGGCGCGUUCGGUCUCGGAGGCACCAAUGCAAGCGGCCAGGUCCCUUUGGUCCGCCAGCCUAUCGACCCAGACACCCCACCUGAGGCGUACCAGAAGGUUUCGCUGGAGACCGGGGAGACAUGGGACUUGAUCUUCAGCGAUGAGUUCAACCACCCAGGACGCUCAUUCUACCCCGGAGACGACCCCUACUGGGAGGCCGAAGAUCUCCACUACUGGCCCACCAACAACUUGGAGUGGUACGAUCCUAAGAGACUCACGACCCGUGACGGUAGUCUCGUGAUCACUCUGACCAAUGAGCAGUACAAUAGACGCAACUACACCGGUGGAAUGAUGAACACUUGGAACAAAUUCUGCUUCACAGGCGGAUAUAUCGAGGCCGCUGUAUCGUUACCGGGCAAGUCGAAUGUGCAGGGCCUGUGGCCCGCCGUCUGGACCAUGGGCAAUCUCGGCCGCGCCGGCUAUGGUGGGACGACGGACGGCAUGUGGCCCUACAGCUACGAUAGCUGCGAUGUGGGUACGCUCAAGAACCAGUCCCUCAACGGUGUGCCGGAAGUGGCCCAAACACAGGGAGACCCCAGCUACAACAUGACUCUGUCGUACCUUUCUGGCCAGCGCCUCUCAGCUUGCACUUGCCCAGGCGAUAAGAGCCACCCGGGACCUAUCCGUCCGGAUGGGACGUACGUUGGGCGUGCUGCCCCAGAGAUCGACAUGAUUGAGGCCGCAGUCAGUGACUCGAAGGUUGGCGAGGUGUCGCUGUCUGGACAGUGGGCGCCGUUCAACCCGUGGUACGGUUGGAUCAAUCAGACCGAUCUCGUCACGGUCUACAACGUAUCAAACUCGCACUUUAACCAGUACCGUGGCAGUAUCUGGCAGCAGGCCACUUCGCUGCUGGCCAAGACGGACCAGGCAUGCUACACGCACGAGCAAGGGUGCUUCCAGGUAUUCGGUGUCGAAUGGCAGCCCAGCAAGGACAACGACAACGAUGGGUACAUCUCAUGGCUCAGCGACGGCAAGAAGGCGUGGACGCUGCGCGAAGGCGCGAUGGGCCCGAACUCUGAUGCGGGCAUUGGCCAGCGCAUUGUGUCGCGCGAGCCCAUGUACAUGAUCGUUAACCUCGGCAUCUCGCCCAACUUCGGCUACAUCGAUUUUGAAGGUCUUGACGAGCUCUGGCCCGUCGAGAUGCACGUCGAUUACAUCCGCGUGUACCAGGACCCCAAGAAGCGCAACAUCGGCUGCGACCCUCCCGACUAUCCGACAGCCGACUUCAUCGACAAGCAUCGCGUCGCAUUUACGAACCCCAACAUCACGACGUUUGAGCAGCUACAGGAUGCCAUGCCCGGUCUCGAGUGGCCCAAGAACCGGUUCCUCGGCGAGUGCUAA